GUUUAUUUCAUCGUCGCGUUCUGCGGAAUUCAUUCAUUGAGAGCGUUCGCUCGUCACACGUACGGACUCAAUUUUCCGUACUGUUAGCCGCGCAGUGUGCCUUAUUAACACUGUACACUGUCUGACAGUUGUUCCUGUCCUCUGUCACAUUUUGUUUCAGCGAUAUACUAGUGAUCCUGAGCUCUCUUUUGCGAGGGUUCGCCAACACUUGAAGCAUACCGACGAUGAACCACCUCUAGCAGGCUGCAUUCCCAUCGUCCGGCCUGGCAGCCCGGCGUGUAUUGACCGUGCACAGUGCGGUGACGCGUAGCGGGUAAGUCCGUACUCUGCACCGCCAGUGACCCACUCCAUUGAGAGGUCCAUUCAUGCCACACACGAUCUACCCCGAAGAUCCCUGCUCAGGCCCAGCUGCCAUGGCUGUCAACUACGGCAUGGAAGCACCCAGCUCCACCAGCCCAGCCCGUGGAUUACUGACCGUGCAUAUCCACCCUACCACCGGUGGCCGGUUUACCAUGGAAAUACCCCGGCAUGCAUCGGUCGAAAUGCUCAAGACCAAAAUCUCCAAGCAACUUCGAGUAGCCAAGGAGAGGCUAACUUUGCUGCACCGUGAAACACAUCUUAAGCGCGGGACGCUUGAGGAGAACCUCGUCACGGACGGCAGCAAGCUAACGCUUCUCCCAUUGGUCGAAAGUGGGCUUGUGUCACAGCGACAGGACCAGACGUUAAUGCAAGCUUUACAAAACUUGAGCGAAACACAGGUGGAUAAUUUUCUCAACGGCAAGCAACCACUGACCCUUGCCCUCCGCCUGGGAACCCACAUGGUCUUCGUCCAGCUCCAGUUGGCUGGCACCCCAGGCCAGCACAGCUUUCUCAACUGCCACAAGGCGGCUACGCCCGGUCGACCAAAGCCUGUUGUCACUCGCCAUCAGGCCACGCCCACAGCAUCCAGCUGCCAAUCACCACCUGUCAGCCAAAACUACCAGCCGCCAUGCCCACAAUCGCAGUGCCCACUCCACGGCAAGACAGCAUGUGUGGCGCCCUCUUUGCCUGGUAGACCCCCACAGCAGUACCCGAGCAAUAUACCGCCCUCAUCAUCAUCCUGUGGUCACAGCCGGUCGACGAUGUCCUCGCCGACGACGCCAUCAUCGUCGACGUCAUCUCCAACCCCCUCGUCGCCGACUUGGCCGCGGCCCGGUGCCUGCAUCGAUAGUGUCCAUCAACACUCACCUGGCGUCUUCUCUGGAACCUUCUCUGGUAUUCUGAGUGCGGCAGUUCAAGAUGGACAGGGCAGGCCUAAGAAAGACAUCAGUACCAUUGCUCACAUCCUAGGCGAUCUACUUCAUGCUGCUCCGCUCUACCGCCAGCACGUCCAUCAGCAGCGCAGGCAGAGGGCGUCCUGUGCCCAGGCUCACCAUGCCCAAAGAACAACAGCCAACCAUGCUGCUCCAGCAGCUGCAGGCGGAAGUGUCCCGACCAGACCGCAAACCCCGCCUGAAAAGAAACAGUUCAUCAUGCAGGAGAACAACCACACUCGCAGCAAGAUGGCACACCUGCAGGAGAUGAUGAGGGAACGCCAGGCCCGGCGACAGGCGCGACGCAACACCCGAGCCCCCUACCCUGGCCUGGACCUGCACAGCCAGAGGAACUACGCUGCGCACGUUGAGAAAGGCGCCGGGCUGGUGGAGAACAGCAAAGAACGGGCCCUAGCCGACAACUGCUAUCCCGCUUUGAAGCAGGACUACCUCGCGGUAUGAAGAGGGGUCCGAGGCACAGCUCACUGCAGAGGAAAUUCUGGCAGUUUAUGAAGUUUAUGGCAAUAAACUGGCGACUCGCUGGGACCAAUUGACGCAUAACUUGGAGUUCCCAGGAUGCCAAGGGAAAACUUCCAAGAGUGCGAGAUGCUUUGGUGGUAAAAAGGCACUGGACUUAAAAAACCAAAACAAAACAGAAAAACAAAUCAAACCAAGAGAACAUUGUACAAAAAGACUGUAUUUGCACAGAUGAAUAGAAUGGUUCUGGGAGACCAUGCUUUGUUGAUGAUGAUUGUGUUUGGUAGGUAGGAAGCUCAACAUGGCUUUUGUUACAGAGGUAUUGUCAUCUAGUGGUGAUGUUUGGGUCUAUAGUGAUUGCUGUACAUUUGAAAGGCAGAAUGUUAUCACAGAAGAAAAGAUUUGUGCAAACGAUGUGUAUGGUUUGGGUAAAGUCUGCGAAUUGAGUGACACAGUACCAUAGGUCUGUUGUCUUACUUGAAUGACUGCAAGGAAUCUUGGGAUUUGGCAGAGUGGGACCGUGGUAGAAAACGUGACUCAGCCACUCCUUGUAAAUAUCGAAAAACAUGAGACACUUUUUAUAAUGCAAUUAAGUUAAGUGAUCUUUCAACAUUAGAUGUCGCCGAACUGGUUCGCUGCGACUUAGGGAAAAUGUCAGUUUCUAACUUUGUAUUAUUUAAAUUUGUUUUGUAAUACAUUGUAUACAUGAUGAGGGCUUAUUGCAACAACAAAAAUCGUAAACAUAUUAUGUGAUUCACUUUGCCUACAUGUCUGUACGAUAAUUCGGUUUUUGUAUUGCCAAGAAUUAGGUGUGGUGCGCAUGUAUUUUUGUUAGUCUCGUACGGUGAUUGAUAAAUAACUGUUUGAAUGUUAUGAAUAAUUCAUAAGAUGUUAAUGCAUUUUGUAGUCUGGUUUCCGCCUUUGCGCACAAAACACAUUCGUAAACAUGGUUGUUGGACCUUGGAUGUCAACUCAUUAAUUUUGAUACAUAAACAUAACUAACAACUGACCUAUGACGUUAUUCAGUAUAUUUUGGCGGUAUAUUUUCGUUUUUGAUUAGUUUAGGUAUCAAUAUCAAUCAGUGCUUUGUAGUGAUUUUUGGCACUUGAUGAUUUCUUUUUUGAAACUUUCUUUCACCUGUGUGUGGAUUGAACCAGUAUUAAGCACCGUUUAAAAGUUAUGAUUUCCGAGCUACAGCAGAACUUAAGGAUAUCGGUUCUCUCUUUUAAAGCACUAUUAUUAUAUUAGUUUGCAAUGAACAAUGAUUAGAUUGUCAUCGGGCUAUGUGGUAAAAUUAAUGUCAUAGCCGAAAAUCGUAUGUAAGUGGUCUUUAUUUUAUACAUAUCCACAUAUUUCCGUAAUGUUGGUGAGCGCAAUCAUAACGCCACCACUAACUUGUAGCAUGGAUUGGUAGGGACAUAAUUACGCCUCGUUUGAGAUGGUGUUGUGAAAUAUUUAUAUACCUAGUGUCGCUUGUAUUUUUAGACCUAGAUCGGCGCUGAAGCCGAUGUGAAAUUAGCUUAUAGUUCGAUUUCCACGGCGAACAGAAAGUAGUCAUUUUUAUACCCGAUCAUCCAAGCCGUGAUGUUGUUUUACCUCGAUUUAAAUAUUGUAAACAAACAGAAAAAUAGAGAAUGCGGUGUAAUACGGUGAUAAACUCGCGUGUGAAUAUGUGAGACUUUGCGUGAAUAUGCGACCGAGAGCGAGAGUUCGGUUGAACCAAAUCUUCCAGUACAAAUUGACAUUUGUAUAAUUAUUAUUACCUAUUCAUCAUUAUAAGGCAUAUUUGAAGCCUGUUCGUGUUGCGUUGCCUAUACUAUUGCAAUGAAAAGUGUGGGAACACACUGAUUUUUUUUCUAAGUAUAUAUAGUCAAUUUGCCUCUGCUUGAAGUUGUUUGCUUGUAAACAAUACUUUCAGCCAAUCAGAACGAAGGACUCAACCACCGUCUUUUUGUGAUGUAAAUUCAACCGCCCAGUGUAUUAUGUCAAAGGUGAAUUCGCAUAUUGGCGGCAUAUUCCGAUUAUUCACUGAAAAAAUUCUGGUAUUUUCACGUCGUUAAUUUGUAACGUAACAUUAGGCGGUGGUUGUGGGGUUUCUGAUCGGGCGAGAGGGCGAGGUCAAACCUAUAUUUUUCACUACUACGAGAUAUAUUCGUUCUUUGUUUACGAAAUUUAAUGGUUGUCAUCUUACUAAAAAAAAGAGUUAAGACUAGUGGAAGCGUUAAACACCGCCCUCAUAGUUUGACCGAGGUCACAUGAAGCUCUGUGUACAUAAUUGUUUGGGGAGUGCACAUUUUGUUCUGGACCCUUGUAAUAUGGAGAGCUGGAAAAGACAAAAUGGAUGCCGAUAUAAUAAUAAAGGGCGACUAACUUGAAUUGAAAAAAAAAUCGAA